ACUAUAAGCUGCACUUCCUGGAUACGCGUUCGGAAAAAAACAGCCAGGUCGGAUUUGUUAUUAUCAUUUAUUACCGAAUAAACCUAUUGUUCAUACUCAGAAGAAAACGCAACUUCGACUAAAUGAUGUUGGUAAACUUACUGAUAACGUAAUUAAGGCAGUUCUCUGCGCAGAAGUGAGAGAACGCCACGUCACUGAACGGUUGACAAGCGAGAACCACGCACGCGGAACUUUACCGAACCGCUCCGCGAGCCAGAGAUUAGACGGGUCCCCCGCGGCGCUGCUGUGGUGCGACAGAGCCUGUGUUGUUUGCGUUUUCUUUAAUGAGGAGGACCACGCGGGGAGCGCUUCGAAAUGACGGCGUCUAACUCGGGUCUCAUCAUGAACGUGGUGAACAGCAUCGUGGGCGUCAGCGUGCUCACGAUGCCCUUCUGCUUUAAACAGUGUGGCAUAGUGCUGGGAACAAUACUGCUCUUCUUCUGUUCCUGGAUGACCCACAAAUCUUGCAUGUUCCUGGUCCACACAGCCAGCAACACCAAGCGAAGGACCUACGCUGGACUGGCCUUUCAUGCUUAUGGGAAACCAGGAAAAACACUGGUGGAGACCAGUAUGAUCGGCUUAAUGUUGGGGACCUGCAUUGCUUUUUAUGUUGUUAUUGCUGAUUUGGGCUCAAACUUCUUUGCUCAGCUGUUGGGUUUACAGAUGACAGGCAGUUUUCGUGUGCUGCUGCUGAUUGGAGUUUCUUUGGUCAUUGUCCUCCCUUUGAGUUUGCAAAGGAACAUGAUGUCCUCUAUUCAGUCCUUCUCAGCGAUGGCUCUCAUCUUCUACACCCUUUUCAUGUUCACGAUGGUGCUGUCCUCGUUCAAACACGGGCUGCUCAGCGGCUGGUGGAUAGGGCAGGUCAAUGUGGUGCGCUGGGAGGGUGUGUUUCGCUGUUUCCCCAUCUGUGGGAUGGCCUUCGCCUGUCAGUCGCAAGUUCUGCCAACCUACGACAGCCUGGACGAGCCAUCUGUCAAACGCAUGAGCACCAUCUUCACCUCAGCUCUCAACGUAGUCACCGUCUUCUACAUCACUGUGGGAUUUUUUGGUUAUGUGAGUUUCACUGAAAACAUUGCUGGCAACGUGCUGAUGAACUUCCCAUCCAACCUGGUGACGGAGAUGAUCCGUGUGGGCUUUAUGAUGUCUGUGGCCUUUGGAUUUCCCAUGAUGAUCUUGCCUUGCCGCCAGGCCAUAAACACCAUGCUAUUUGAGCAGCAGCAGAAAGAUGGGACGUUUGCUGCCGGGGGAUACAUGCCCCCUCUGCGCUUCAAGAUGAUCACCCUCUGCAUCGUCUUUGGCACCAUGUUGGGAGGCAUCCUCAUCCCCAAUGUGGAGACAAUUCUGGGUCUGACUGGAGCCACAAUGGGAAGUCUCAUCUGCUUCAUAUGUCCUGCUCUCAUCUACAGGAAGAUCCAAAAGAAUGGCAUCGUUGCUCAGCUGGUGCUUUUCGUAGGUCUGGGCAUUCUGCUGAUCAGCACCUUUACCACCCUUUCAAUUUCAGCAAGUGGCCCCAGCAACAAGGUCCAAAUUCAUCCUCCUCCAGCUCCUGGCAAGCCAAGUGAGCCAAAUGGUAAUCUUCCAAACAACGAAGAGAAAAUACAGAAACCUGAUCUACCACCUGCAGAGGUGGUACAGCCUAUAGUGAAGGAUCAUGCCGAAGUCCCUCAGAUUAAAGGACCAGUGGAAGUACCUGAGCAGAACAAGGAAGAAGAGGUGCAGUUGGACCGCCCCGAUGCUGGUGUUGUUGUGCCAGAGGCAGAGGCCCAUCGGCAUGAACCUCCUAUCCCUCACGAUAAGGUCAUGGUAGAUAAUAGAAAGAACAAUGCUGAGCUGGAGGAGGACAAUAAACAACCUGGGAACGAUGAAAAUCGUGGUUUGGAGAAAGCUGCGAAGAAAGAGGAUGAAAAUUUGGAUGGACACAAAGGCCUUUCCAAUCAGCUAAUCGAUCACCAGGCAGAUAGAGUCGACCAAAAAAGAGCUGCUCCCCCACUGAAGGAAGUAGAGAAGCUUGAUUCACUCAAAGAGCCUCUGGCAGAGAAGGUAGCUGAGGAUGCCAAGCAGGCCGUUGCGGUGCAGGUAGAGAUACCGGACAAAGCUCCAGAAGCUGCAGGGAAACCUCAACUACCAGAUGGAGAGCAUCGUCCUGCUGCAGAAGACGCUCAAGCUGCAGACACAGAUGAGAAAAUGGAAGUGAUAAAAAAGCUGGUUGCAGAGGGGCAACUUGACCACGCUGUGCUACUGCAAGUGAUUAAGGAGCAACAAGAGCAACAGAAAAGACUUCUAGACCAGCAGGAAAAACUCCUGGCUGUCAUAGAAGAGCAACACAAAGAAAUUCACCAGAAACAACCUGCCGGGGCUGCUGCUGAAGGUGGAGUAGAGAAAGGCGUCCCAGAACUUGUGGAGGGGGUAGAUGAUGGAGCUAAUAAAGAUCCUGGUUUACCCUCUGACCUAAAUCAGCCCAAGGAAGGAAGUGAAGCUAGAGCUCUGUUAGGUGGAGUGGUAGAGCCUCAAGCCCAGAAUCAAGUCCAGGCCAGGGAUAAGACUCCUGAGGCUAAUGUUGCUGUGAACAAAGAUGAUGCUCCACCAGCAGCAGAAUCUCAUAAACAGAAUGAGCUGGGUGCAAGGGGAGUGCCUCUGGGUAAGAAAGAACCUCAAAAUGAACAGGUAGAUAAAGAAAGUCACGUAAAUGAGGGAAAAGAUAAGAAACAAACAGAAAGAAAUGUUCAGCUAAGACUAGAAAAAGAACAGCUUGAGAAGGAAGUAAAGGAAAAAAAUGAGGAGAUAGACAAAGAAAAGAUAAAAAAAGAAGUACAGGCAAAACUGGAAAAAGAACGGCUGGAGAGAGAGAGACAGGAAAAGCUGUCAAAGGAACUGGAAUUAGAGAAGGAGAGGAUGAAAAAAGAAGUGCAGGCAAGAGUGGAGAAAGGACAACUAGAGAGGAGAGAGGCACUAGAGAAAAACCAGCAGGAGAUCCAGCACAUAGACGAUGAAAUUCAGGCGAGAGCAAGGGAAGAGGCAGAGAUAGAGGAGGCUCGAGAGAGGCUGGCCCAGCUGGAAGGGGUCAAAAACGCUAGAGAAGCUGCACAGGGGGCUGAGAAGGAAGACGAUGGAGCUUUGAAGAAGGGAGGACGAGACCUCAAAGAGAAAGUUGCUGCCCAGGCAGACCCCAGAGUAGGUGUGGAAGACGGUGCCGUCAAAGCCCGGCCUCACCCCCAGGGUUCCCAAGAAAAGGUCAGGGACCAGGGGGGAAUGGAUCUAAAGAGGAAACGCAGGGCAUUGGGACCCGGAGCAGCAGAAGGCCCCCCUGAGGUGACCGGGGGGUCCAGGGGGGUUCAUGGGUUGGAGCCCCUGCUGGAGCUUGGGGGUUCAGACCUACAUGCGGCCCUGGAGGGACAGCUACUGGCAGGAGCAAUGGUUCAUUCACGGCAGAUAAAACAGGCCUCAGAGGAUCAAGAAGAACAAUAACACAUCACACACCCACACCAAGAGAUUGGACAUCAACUUCAAACAUACUUUACAUCUUUCCAGCCUCCUUAUACUGUGGAAUACUGCCUUACAUUCCCUGAUGCCUUCAUAAAUAUAUGGACUAAGAGGAAUAUUUCUCUUUGACACGUUGUAUUCUGCACUUUAGAAUACUUCAGAAACACAAUCUCACAAGUGUUUAUUAAAGUGCAACCUGUAUGUAAAUAAUAAUUUAUUUCUAUGUGGGUGUCUUUUGAUGUUUACUGUUGCAAUGUAUAUUAUUCUAUGCAAAAAUCUUUCUAUGUCUAGACAGACCAAAUAUGUAACGUAUGUAUUGAAUUCUCCUUAAGUUUUUUUUCUUUUUUUCAUUUAACAGCUUAGUGGGCUCUACCUACAAAUACCUCAAUCUAUAAUAAUAAUUAGUCAAUAGAAUUUGUUUAUGCUGUGUUAUGUUUGUGUGUUAAUCUGUUACUUAAAGAUGUAAAUAUUGUAUCUGGUGGAACCUGCAUCUAGCAAAUGUUGAAUGUAAUGUAGGUUUAGACCCUUUUAAAAAAUGUUUAUUGGAUUUUCUAAUGAAAGUCAAACUCGGGCUGGAGCUAUGAGUACAGUACAGUGUAGACUGAUAAACUGUAUAGCUGAGGCUGAACCAGUUAAUACUCAGUCCAUCUUUCACAUCUCUUCCUUGUGGAUGUAUUAGUGCCUUUCAAUCCAUAUGCUGCAGUAGUAAUUUAUUGAAACAAAACUUGUCAGUUUUGCAAAUUGUGGUCAAACAGUAAUGUCAAGUUUGUACAUUACUGUCUUAUGUUUAUAGUGUUGCCAAUACCUCCAUCUGCUAACUCAUCCACACAUGUUGGACCUUUGCUUUAUAAAAGAAUAUUUUUCUGUGUUUUGUAUUUGUGUUCAUCUGGUUGAAAGUAAAUAAAUACAGUAGUUUAAUGUAA